AGACAUGAACAACUGCUCCAAAGUAUGCAACAACUUAACACGAAAAAAGCCCACCGAGGACUGGUUGGCAGAAACCCCCCUUAAAAGAUGUCUUCACACACUAGACCUCACCUCUAUAGGGGUGGGCACUGUAGUGGGUGCAGGGUUGUAUGUAGUUACAGGAGAAUUGGCACGUGAUGUCGCAGGACCAGCGGUUGUUCUCUCCUUCUUUAUUGCUGGAAUAGCCGCCUUCUUUUCUGGAAUUUGCUAUGCAGAGUUUGGCUGUCGUAUACCCAUGGCUGGAUCGGCUUAUGUAUACACGUACGUUGCUGUUGGGGAGUUCUGGGCGUUCGUUGUGGGCUGGAAUAUGAUUCUGGAGUAUAUCAUCGCGGCAGCAAGUGUGGCUCGCGCGUGCAGCGAGUACAUCAACUCCUUUGCUCAAGGCUAUAUAUACAAGUUCUUCAUGGAGGACAUCGCCACAUGGAACGUUUCGGCUCUUGGAAGCUUCCCCGAUCUCCUGGCCAUGGCGCUGGCCCUGAUUUUUGCCGGCAUAGUCUCGCUGGGUGCACACAAAUCGUCUCUGGUCAACAAAGUUAUGACUUUUAUAAACCUUUCUGUCAUCGUUUUUAUCAUCAUUGCUGGGUUACAUUUUGUCGAUGGGAGGAACUGGCAAACCAAAUUUGCUCCUUAUGGUGCAAGUGGAGUGCUGACUGCUUCCGGAAGUUGUUUUUAUGCCUUUGUGGGAUUUGAUGUCAUAGGUACGGCGGGCGAAGAGGCUGUCAAUCCCAAGCGUUCAAUACCAUUAUCAAUCAUCUUGUGUCUUGCUAUCAGUUUUCUAUCCUACUUUGGUGUCGCCACAGUUCUUACUCUCAUAUUGCCCUAUCGUCAACUCAGCCGGUUCGCUCCUCUGGCAGAGGCCUUCGCCCAACGAGGAUUCAGUGGCGCCAAGUACGUCGUGGCGACUGGAGGGUUGUUCGCAACAAUGAGUACACUUCUGUCCAACUCUUUCGCUGCCCCGCGCGUGGUUUACUCAAUGGCCUCCGAUGGUUUGUUGUUCAAUUGGUUCGGGCAUGUGAAUGACAAGACAAAAGUUCCCGUUCGUGCUGCUUUGGUUAAUGGCGUUUUGAUUGCAAUAUUGGCAUUACUUUUGGAUGUUAAGCAAUUGGUAAGCUACUAAAAUCUGGGUUAUUUCCCCAAUAGGUUUUUCAGGAUCGGGGAGUUCCCUUAUUUAAAGCUUGGGAUUCGGGAUUUUAACCCUCGGAAGUACAAGGGGGAGUGGUGCCACCCCCCUCUUAGGUUUUUCUGAAUUUUUGUCUAGACGAUAAAACAUUAUUAUGUUAUUCUAAUUUUUCCCAUGUGAAGGCACUAUAAGUCAAUAGCUAUCUUUAUAUUAUGUUAUUGUCAUUAUUAUUAUCAUUGUUAUUAUUACUAUUAUUUUUUUAAGCUGCAAUAAUUUAAGAUAAGAAAUAAUUAGCAUCGGCUAACUUGCUCAGAUCUUCAUCAUUAUUGCGAUCACUACCUAAAAUCUAAUUUGCAUUUGACCGAGCCUCUGGGUCUUUUGAAUACAGAGUUUUAGAUUCGAGUUUACCGCGAACCUCUAACCGCUGGAGGUCACAUGGCAAGUCUUUCGCGUCACGUUUGAGGUUUACGACGUGCGUUUUCAACGUGGGGAGGUAGGUUUUCACGUAUGUCAUUUACCUGAAAGCUUUUAGCGCAUAAUUGUUUUUUUAUCCCACGAAAUGAUACAAAAAUCUUGUGGAGCAAAUCUUUAUCCAUUAACAGAGGCACAAAUUCGGUCGAAAUGCUAAAUUUGACAAAUCCUAUUGGAUCUUGAAAACAAGUGCCAUUCAUGGCUGCUGAUUCAAAAUGGCGGCCGUAAUCUAAUCUACCACCAAUCUAAAUCGAAUUAUGUUUGAACGUCGAACCGCAAACGGGUAACCGCAAACCGCUGUUAGAGGUUCGCAGUAAACUCGGAUCUGAAACUCUCUUGUUUUGAGUGAACUGUUCACUGGAUCCUUUGAGAAAUACUUAUACCACAACUAGGAAAAAGGGAGAGGGAAAAGUAUUAUAAUUUUAACACGGCUUUUGCGAAGAACAGUAAAUGUAUAAAGUAGUAGACAAUUCCGAAGUUUUUAGGUCCAUAAUGUAGAUUACGGUACGGUAGUUAACGGUGCAAUUUGUCAAUAUUACUAGGUUGAGAUGUUGUCCAUUGGCACAUUAGUAGCUUACACGAUGGUAGCAAUUGCUAUACUCGUAACUCGUUACACACCUGGAGUGCAGAGCGUCACACUGGAGAAAAAUGGAACCAGCGAGAAGACCGCCGAAUGGCUGAAAACGAUCUGCUGCCGGCCUGGAGAAACAGAAGGGAAAGAUGGCGGUCUCCCAGAUGUUAGCUACCAACAAGUGGAAAGCAACGACGGGGACGAAUUGUCGGAGGAAAGACAACCGGACGAGACCACAAGCUUCCGGGUUCGCGUCGCUACAUUUGUCCUGACAUUAUCCAUUACUACUUUAACAAUUUCCCUCACUAGUAGUUUUUCUUACUGGGCUCAAGGAGAUGCCUGGGCGAUUCUCCUGUGCUGUAUUUUUGGCCUGAUGAUCGUUGCGUCGUUGAUGUUUAUCAUUCGGCAGCCAAAAAAUUCUGCCACUUUCCCGUUCAUGGUUCCAGGAGUCCCUAUCAUUCCAGCAAUUACAAUAUUUUUCAAUAUUCUUCUGGUGGUGACGUUAGAUCACUGGACGUACAUACGAUUCGGUGUGUGGAUGAUCUUAGGUAAGAAAACCCCCAAUGCGCUAUGUAUUUACUAA